CCGGUACGAUCAGAUCGCAAACCAGGGCGCCAGGUUUAGUUGAAAGUUGAAAUUGUGCUUUACGUCGGAAUAUUUCCAGCUCGGAGCGCGGAGCGCAACGAUUAUCUCUCUGUUGGCGAUACCAUUGUAUGGCCCAUCGCCCCGUGAGUGCAAUGUCGCGUCAAGAAUCGGAAAUGAUCAAUCGCAGCCGCCGGGCGCUCUCGUCGGGAACGUUGACGGAUGCGAUCGAGAAGUUGCGCCACAUGUGCCUGGCCCGCGGAGCCUCCGGUAUUCUGGGGCUGGGCCGUUGCUUCCGCCGCAUGGACGACGAUGGUAACAAGCAGCUCAACCUGGAGGAGUUCAUCAAGGGCCUCCACGAUACGGGGCUGGACAUUUCGGGCGAAGAGGCAACGGAAAUGUUCAACAAGUUCGAUAUGGAUGGCAGCGGUUCGAUCAACAUGACGGAAUUUUUGAUUGCGAUCCGUCCUAACAUGUCCGAGUCGCGGGUGAGCAUCGUGAGCCAGGCGUUCGCAAAGCUGGACAAAACGGGCGACGGCACAAUCACCAUCGAGGAUCUAAAGAAUGUGUACUCCGUGAAGAACCAUCCGCUAUACAUCAGUGGCGAGGAAACGGAGGACGUUAUUCUGCGCAAGUAUCUGGCAAACUUUGAGGAAAACGGCAACGCCGACGGGACCGUCACGAAGGAAGAGUUCCUGAACUACUACGCCGGGCUGAGCGCGUCGAUCGAUGCGGAUGCCUACUUCGAUUUGAUGAUGCGCCAAGCGUUCAAACUGUAAACAGCAGCUCUGUGGUUCCUCAACGGGGAGGGCCCUCCUUUUCACCACGCACGCGUGUUGCUCCUUUUGUAGCAGGCUUUUGAUAGCUGGCAGAGGUUUUGGUUCAGGCCAAGAUUUCGCGGGCCCUACUAAGAUUGAAUACGAUACUGAUACCGAGCACACAUUGCAAAACUGCCCUAGAGAAGAUAGACAGUAGCAGCAGCAGUAGCAGCGCCGGAGAAGAGAAUGACCAAAGGUGGAUGAAGCGGAAUCCAAGGACGAAUGCCCAGGGUGCGAAUGAAAACACACCAAACAGUGCACAAAUGUUUCCCUUAACCAUUAAUAAACAUUUUUAAGU